AUGUCUGUUUCUGCUGCUAUUUCCAAACCCUCGUUGACACAUGCCAUGUUGUAUAAGAUGGGCUAUCUAGCCCAUUCAACCGAUGUGCGUGCUUCCCAGGUUGAGGCGGCUGCCCCAGGGUUGAUUGAGCGAGUCAUUGUUGUUGCACAUGCCCCCAUUCGAGCUAAAUUACGAGAGCAUAGAGAGUUGAUUACUGCUCAUAGUCUACCAUUAGACGCCCUCACCGUGCGAAUUAAGGUCGAUAUUGCAGGAUUGAGACGUGAUGUGGAUGAGCUCAAAUCCACUUAUAUAUAUCUAUGUUAUGGGGUGGAGUUGAUAUUCCCAAGGGCCCAAGUUCAAAUGUUCCAUGUGAUCGGAGAUGUUGUUUUAGCUGAUGAUGAUAAGGAGUCAGACACUUCUGAGAUGGAUAAAAAGGAGCUUGGGACCCGUGAUGCUGUAGUUUAUGAUGAGUUUGUGGACUUGGAGGGUGUGAUGGUGCAUAUGGCGACAGAGGCUUCACUUUAUGACUCCUCGAUGAUUGGUUCCAGUAGAGCGCAACCUAUUCCUGGAGGAGAGUCGGGCAGUGAUACCCCGAUUGAGAGAGCUCUAGAUGCACAACGUUCACCUCAGGCUUAG